CUCCACUCUUUAUCUCUCUUCCUUCCUCUCCUCUAUAACUUGCAACUUCCCACACCAAAAAGAUUCCAUCUUUUCUCUUUUUAAAGGUCACCAAUAUAUCUUCACGUAACAAACAAACAUUUCUUGUAUCAAAGACCUCAACUUUAUUCUGAUCAAAGAAAAAGGAAAAAAUGCAGGAUCUGACGUCAGCAGCGGCGUAUUAUCAUCAAUCGAUGAUGAUGACGACGGCGAAACAGAACCAACCAGAGUUACCUGAACAAGAACAGCUAAAGUGUCCUCGCUGUGACUCACCCAACACUAAAUUCUGUUACUACAACAAUUAUAAUCUGUCACAGCCCCGUCACUUUUGCAAAAACUGUCGUCGUUACUGGACUAAAGGCGGUGCUCUUCGUAACAUCCCCGUCGGCGGUGGAAUUCGAAAAAACAACAAACGAUCUGGUUCGUCAUCGUCUUCUUCUUCUUCUCCGUCGAGUAAUCUCAAGAAUCAAACCGUCGCUGAGAAACCUGAUCAUCAUCAGUCCGGGUCAAAAUUAGAGGAAAAAGAAGAGAGGGUUUCGGGUCAAGAAAUGGAUCCGACCCGGAUGUUAUACGGGUUACCGGUUGGAGAUCCGAUUAGUGGUGGGAGUUUUAGUUCGCUUUUGGCGUCGAAUAUGCAGAUGGGUGGGCUUGUUUACGAAUCCGGAUCGCGUUGGUUACCGAGUAUGGAUUUGGGUUUGGGUUCGGGUCUACGGAGGAACGAUGACACGUGGACUGAUUUAGCUAUGAACAGAGUGGAGAAGAAUUGAAGAAGCGAAGGGUAAUUUGGUAAAUUUGACAUAGAUGUCUUUUUUUCAGUCAUCUCAUAGUCGAUAUAACAACAAAUGAUGUCGGUCCAU